AUGCAGCAAAGCCAAGGAAAGGCCUUAUUAGCGCCACCUACUUGCAACAGUAAGAUCACGACUCGUUCACAGUCUUUCACUCAAAUUGUAUUAUUGCGUUAGUGUUACAAAAGCGCCCAGUCUCUCGAGAGAUGAUUGGCUUGCCUUCUCAGCCAAUGCCAAGGCGGUCUGCCAGUAUUUCCUGGCCCGCCUACCUUCUUCCUCUGCCUUGCGGUUCUUUGGCGCUGGGAAAGCAUUUGUCGUUUGUGCUAUCGAAUCCAUUCUUAAUCGCAGGUUAGUUCUUGCCAUCCGUUCUUGUAAUGCCUUUGGAAAGAGUCACGGUGCGGGUGGGGGUUGGGCUGCUAGAUUUUUGUUUUCAGAUCGUCUGCACCCCACUCUAGCAUUAGUGCUCGUGAGUAUGCUCUUCCCUGAUUUCAGUGGGGCUUGCUUCCAAAGCAGCAUGGUACUGUCCGAUUACUGCACCAUUGAAAGCGCUGUCGGUGCCUAGUGUUUCCCCGUGAAAAAGAUCCUAGUGGAAAUCAAGGCUCGCUCUUCUGUUCCCUUCCGCAGAGAGCACGUGUUCGUUUUCUUAAUUGCGUCGGUGUGAUGUGAUAUGAAAUGAAUUGCGGGCUACAUGUUGAAGACGAAGCUUUUAGGGUUUGGUCCGGGGGUGGAAACUGGGCACGCUCGCUCCGAAGUAGUUUUCUUCUGGCCCAUUGAGUUGGUAAGGAGGGGAAAAAACUUCACGGUGGGUCUUUUCAGGGGGGCAAGAUAUCUAGCAAGUUUGCUACACUAGGAAGCUUAAUGCCAUGUUUGGGUCCUAUUGAUGGGUGGUGUGAAAAUGGUUUUAGUACAAAAAUAGAAUAAAAAUAAGUGUGGGUUUGCUUAGGCCUGUUGUGAAGAUGCUGCAUUAUAAACAAUUCCCCAGAAAUAGCAAAAAGAAGCCCAAAGGUUCUUAAGGCCUGGUAGGAGAAAAGGCAAUUAAAUCUCUGGCCUUAGAAGGCAGUAUUUCUUAAGCCUUUCUGUAGUCUUGUGUUCUUCCUCCACUUUACAUUACUGACUUAAUUGGAGCCAAAUCUCUCCAAAUGAGAGUUGAGGCUUGCUUGUGUGCUCCCUUAAUGCUCUCCCCAUCUCUCUUGCUUUCUACAGCCUGCGGAAAAAUGGACGGCUCCUACCUGAAGCAUCUGUAUCAUCAAAGCAGUGCUUCUGGAAUGCACUCACUUGUCCGUGCAUUUGGGUAAGCCUUUCGUGAAAGGGAGUUCUUGUGCCUCUGGUUUUGCACUGUGAAAGUAUGUGUUUAAUGCAUUUAUAUAUCACUGCAUUUUCCAAGGAGCUUAUAUGCUGUUCUCCCUGCCCCACUUUAUCAUCGCAGCAACCCUAUGAGGUUAGGCUGAGAGAGAGUAACCUUCAUGGCAGAGUGGAGAUUUGAACCCUUGCAACUCCAUGGUUUGGUAGGACGUAUGUAGUCCUAGGGAUCUUUUAUGCAAGUGUAUUCUGUAAAUAUUAUUUAUUAAAUUUGCAUAUCACCCUUCAUUCUUAGAUCUCAGGGCAGUUCGCAACAUAAAAAUACAAGCUAAAAACACAAAAUGCAUACAUAAUAAGAACAAAGAAAAAUCAGCAACUAUCUUCAGAGGCAGCCCUGCAUAUAAAUAAGAAUGGCAAAUUGAACUUGCUUGUAGUACACAUUUGUUUCCAGCAUUUGCUGUGUACAAAUGCCUGCGCAUAUAAUAACAAUGUGGUGAAAGGCUGAGAGGCACAUAAAGAUGAUGUGGAUUACUUUCAUUUAAAAGUACAGAAUGGUAAAAUGGAGAGGUUGGUUCAAGGGUGGCUUUUUUUGUAUUUUGAAUAGAAGUUCUAUGAUAAAAAAAUUGAAUGUGUUAGGAAUAAACCCAUUAGUUAUGAUGCUAAAAACCUCUAGCCUCAUUAUACUUGGCCUGAUUGUUAAUAGCACAUGUUUCUGCUGGAGAAGGGUAGUUAUUAAUUUGCCCAUGCUCUGCCUAACAGCUUCCAGUUUUCUGCUUCUCAGUAUAGUCAUUGAAUUGUGUGCACAUAUUGCUAAGAAGAGGACGAUAUGAUGAUACAUUGCCUAUAUCUGCAACUUUUAGGCUGACAAAAGUUAUGUUCAGUUCAUAAUGGUUUUCUUUCAUAGAGCAUGGGUUUCGAGAAGCAGCAAAUAUUUCUUCAGAAGAAUUCUUUGAAGGGAACCAUUGCAGUCAGAGAUGGGCUGAACAAAUUCAGGAAAUUCCUAGGAUUUCUGGAAGUCAUGGGGUUUGGUCCAUUUGGUGAUAAUGAGAAAAAGGUAUGAUCUUGGUUUCUCUUGAAGUAAGAAUUUGAGGUAUCUUGGCUGCUAAGUAGGAAAUGGCAAGAGACUUGGGGAGCCUGUUAUGAUGAACUGCAUGUUCUGUCCGUGUUUCACCUGAUUAACCCUGAUUAUGCACAUGCUCUGAGCGGAUCUCUCCUCGGCACAAGUGAUAUUUUUAUUAAAAUGCUGAUGAGUGUAUGUCUGCUUAAGGAUAUUGUUGCCAGACACAUGUAAACAGUAAUAACAACUAGUGGUUGUAUUUCAGAGAGCAUGUGUUUGGAGGAAAAUGAACACCAAAUACGUCUCCUGAAGAGUUGCAUAGAGUGAACAGCUGUAAUACAAAAUGGACUGAACAAACACUGAAAAUACUAGGAUUUCUGGAAGUCGGAAUUGAUAUUGAGAAAAAGGUAUGACCUUGGUUUCUCUUGAAGUAAGAAAUUGAGGUAUCUUGGUUGCUAAGUAGGAGAUGGCAAGAGACUUGGGGAGCCUGUUAUGAUGAACUGCAUGUUCUGUCCGUGUUUCACCUGAUUAACCCUGAUUAUGCACAUGCUCUGAGCAGAUCUCUCCUUGGCACAAGUGAUAUUUCCAUAAAAAUGUUGAUGAGUGUAUGUUUUCUUUUUGUUAAGGCUUGAUGUUCUUUAGAUAACAGAAACAGCAUAGUAACCUAUUGCAACAAUACUUGAAUGACUUGUUUAUCUUAUAAAAUAUAUGCCAUUCUUGUUUUUCUAGGGUCAACUAAAUAUAUUUAUCUAGGCAUAUUUGUGAUGAACUCAAGAGUUACUUCCCCCAAAGUGUUAGACAUACUUCUCUAAAAAUGGUUAAGAUGGUCAUUUAUUUGGACCAAUUAGAUUAAAUCUGAUUGCAAGCUUUUAGUUGCUGAUUUCUUCCUCAAACUGGAAGUUGUACCAGGUCAUGGCCCUUAGCUCUUCUCACUUCCCCAAAACUUCCUAAAUUUCUGCUGAACAGAAGCAAGAAGACCAAGGGGUGUAAGGAAAAAAGCAUUUACGUUUUGGCUGGUGUUUGGUUCGUAGUGACUUAUUUUCCUGCAGGGAGGAGGGGAUCCUCAUAUGGGUUGUCCCUCCCACUCCACCAGACAGGAAUGUGCAAAACUGAGUUCUUCCUAUCUUGUGAUGGGAGGGCGAACCCUCCAGUUUCCUGUGUAGGUCAGGUGACAGUGGUCUUCUCUCACCCUCUUAUGAAGAGAGAUUGGGGGGUUUGCUUGAUUUUGCACUGCUAUAGACUGGGGGGGGGGGGGGGACACGACACCCAGUCAAUAGAAAUUAGACAGUGGAAUAAAAUUUAAAUUGCUUUGUAUGGAGACAUGACCCAUUCCGUGGUAAACAAAUUUUCUACAGUAGAGAGGGGAGCAAGAACCAGUCAGAUCUAAAGAAGGAUGCUUGCUAACUAAAUAGCUGCCACUCUUUUCUUUUAUAGGGCAGAUGAUUCUAAAGAGAUGAAACAGCAACGGUGCACAUUCCCCAUCCUGAGCCUCUACAAAAUGUAAGGACUGAAGCUUUUUCUCUCGCCACUUAGCAGAAGACAUUUGCAUCCAAACCACUGAUUACUGUCUUGUAAGAAGUUGCUGUUUAUAUAGUAGAAUUUAUCUUUCAUAGUAUGAAAUCUAAUGGGCAGGAUCCAAACAAACUAGAUAAUGUCAGUGCCUCUAAAGCACCUUUGGCCCUCCAGAUGUUUUCAGACUCCAGCCUGCAUGACCAGCUCCUAGGGGCUAUGGGAGUUACAGUCCAACAUCCUCAGGAGGGCAACAGACUCUUUAAAAGGAGUGGAUCAUCAAAAUAAUAGUGGAAAUUUGAAGUAUAAAUAGGGGUGGGUGGAGCAGGGGUUGGUAAGUGUGCUCAAAAGUGUAAAUGCAUGAUGACUGUUCCUCUUGCUGUCGCAAGCCGUAGACGGUGAGAUUUUGUGUCAUCAAAUAUUAAAGCUGGCCUUUCUUCACUCAAUGUGCCUUUGGAUGGGUUGGCUGUCUGUUGGCACUAUUGAAUUUUGCGGGGCCAGACAUUCUGAAAAAUGCAAACGUGAAGCUUUAAAUCAUGAGCCAGCAAGCCAAAAGGAGUGUUUUUUUAAUGGAAUAACUGAGCUGUGAUUGCCUAGCUUUUUAACAGGAAGCUUGAAUUUCUAUUUCUAAAUGUUUAAAUCAUUUUCCACAGGUUUGUUGGACACAGGCAUGAAAGUGAGAACAGUAUUUCUCUGUUUCACCAUGGAAAAAAGUGGUACAGAAGAUGGAUGAAUUUGCUGUAA